UACAAAUCCAUUCAGGUGAUUCUUAACAGGUUUCAAACCUACCUAAGCCAAUUAAUCUUGUGCACACUAUUAAUACGAUGAAUAAAUAAAAUAAAAAUAGUAAUGGACACAUGUCGCACUUCAGGAUAUUAUAAAAAAAUAUGGUAAAAUAUGAUACUUUCUUAAUAUAUGACACGCAGAGAAAUUCAGGUUUAUUUACAAAAUGGUUACACAAUACGACGCUGUGAAAUAAGGCGGCCAUCACGCAAUCGCUGAAGCUUUUGAUAAAAUAUGAGUGAAAUAGAAAAUAGAAACAUUCCAUUGAAAUCUCAAAGCAAGCAUUCCGAUCAACCGUAUUCUACGGAUAUCUGCAACGAAGAUGAUCAUGAUUGGUGGGCAAGCGACAGUGGUUCCAGCACAGGAUCAUAUUACUCGGAUACCGAUAGUUCUGUGGUUGAAUGGGAGGCGGAGAUUAGACCAAACGGAGAAGUAUUCUAUAUAGAAUCUGCAGAAGAAAGUUUGUUGGAGGAUCCCACAACUUUGGACAAGAGUAACAGUCCUCAGCCUGAUUUGACACGUCGUCGUAGCACAAGAGCUGGCAAACUGCUCCGUCUUAUCAGACGCAAGGAAAGUAAGCGAUGGAGCACGAGAAAUAAAAGGAUCAACAAUAGUAUAAUUGGCAAUACACUUGUUCAGGAGAAAGGAGAUGGAAGCGGGAACAAGGAAGUCACAUUUCGAGAUUUCCAGGCAGGAGAAAUGCGAGAAGUCACAUUAUGGGUCGAUCCAGAAAGGAGGCACAAAUUGGGAAGAAGGGCAACCUUGUGCGAAGCGUACUUUGGUAUCACACCAGGUGUAUUCUCGGAUAAAGUGAGAGUUAUGGUAGCAGGAUUUAUACCGGACGGUGAAGCUAUAAAGAACAAAAAUAUAAAAAUUGGAGAUUGGUUGCGGAGUGUGAAUUCAAACGAUGUUACUUCUCAAAAUUUAGAUCAGAUAUUAUCUGAAAUCACGAAGCCAUCAAAUGUAACAUUAGAAUUGCAAAGAGUAGCUGGCGUUGAUGUUACUGCAAAGUUAUCGAGAACAAAUGUGCCAAAAGUAACGAGAUUUUAUCAAUCAAUAUUAGCCCAAUAUUUGGUGAAUAAAGAGAAUAAUAAUCCUUUGAUGGAAUCAUUGUUGGAUUAUUCAUUGGGCGUGAUAUAUUUAAAAACUGCGGAUCUUUCGGAAAUGGGACAGGAGUUUCAAGGUGUAUUGUACACAUUUCCGCGAUCCGAAACUAAAAACGCGUAUUCUUCCUUGUGUACGGCAAGAGGAGCAUUUAUAACUCUUAAUCAUUUGUUGCCCGGUGUAGCAGGCCAGCAACCUGUUAGCACAACUGUUUACAUAGCUGAAGAAGAAAUGCAUGUCGUGUAUACAUCUCGCGAUGAUGAGUUACUUUUGAUAGCUUUACCUGAUAAAUGUUGUACUACUCAGGAGGCUGUCAAAAUUACAGAGGAUAUUGUCAGAACAUUAGAAUUUACUUACCAGUCCUUGACAAAAUGCUUUACUUCUCAGGAAAACCAAUCUUCGUUGGAUCAUCUUUUCACACUGAUUAUGCACAGAUUAGUGACCGUUAAAGAUUCCUGCAAAGAUACUGAUGUUAGAAAAAAUCCGGCGACGCAGCAAAAUAGUGCAGAAAAUACGGAAAAUUAUAAAUUUAGAAGCGCCUUCUCAGUAGCAAGUUUUAUACAGCUGCCGAGAGACGCGCAGAUACAAAUAGAUGCUGCAUUAAGCGAGAUGGAAGCUAUGGAUUACAGAGAUUGGAAUGAGGAUCCCCUGGACUGUCAGAGGUUGUACACCAUUAUAGGCAGCUGCGUUUAUCACAAAUGUCAUCUUUUGGGAUCCCACUUGCCUCACGAAGAUUUGAUAGAUGUGCACUCGUUUCUGAGACACAACGGUCUGCUGAAUCUGGUGAGUCAGGAGCAAGUCAAGUGCCUCGUUCUGUGGAAACAGAUCUAUCCAUCGUCUUGUAAUCAUGGGAACGUCGACGGUGGCGAUAGCGGGCAAUUGUUGAUACCAAAUGGAAAAUGGUUUUUGCUGGUUAUCGGAUACGGUCACGAUUUAUUAGCGGUUCUGUUGGAAUCUGGAGGGUGUACUGCAAAGUAUAAUAACACGAUAGGCCCGGAUGUGUUUUAUGUGGAGGAAGCUCAGGAAACACUGAAGCAUGUGCAAAAAAUAGGAGUCACAACAUUGGCUUCAAAGUGGAUUUCAUCCAAUGCUAGGCCAGAAGUAAUACUGUAUGAGGAGCAAACAACGACAAAGGCCUCGUCCAGUAUAACGGAGAAUUUAUUUGGUUUAAUCAAAUCGUCUGACAUGCAAAACAUACUGCCUAAGCAAACUAUCAAUUCUACUAUUAAUAAAAAGCAAGAGUUACCUUCUAUCUUAAAGAAACGUAAUUCUGAGGAAAGUCCUGUGAUCUCGGGUUCCGUGUAUUCCUUACAAACGUCCGAAGAUUCGCUUAGCCAAGGAACGGGCGGUAUUAGUGAAAUGAGUGACGAGGCGAUGCCUAUUCUCGGAAGACGAGCGACUAGAGAAAAGAUCAAUUCAGCAUCAAGAUAUUCCGACGACAGUGAUUCGGAUAUCGACAUAUAUAAGAAUGAUAGUCAUGUGCUUACAAUGGAUAUAUCUAACAUACGAGAGAAUUUGUUAAAUCAAGCGGAAUACUUGAUACCGAAAAAAUUAACUGCGGGUGAUAAAAAUUACCUCUAUCACUAUAUCCAUCUAGACACGGUGGAAGGAAUUCUAUUAUCGUCAAUACCUAUUCAAAGCAAGGACAAGGAUAAUAAGAUCAUUAUCAAUUUCAACAAAUGCGUGCACGUUAUUCAUAGAUUAUUGCACAAUACAGUGAGAUUUAAAAAGAUGUUGAAUCAAGACAUAGACAAAACCGUGAUCAAUAGAAGCUUAAUCGCUGUUAAAGAACAUGGUGUAUUGUUCGAAUGGGAAAAUACAGCUUUUUGGGUAAUUGGACGUCUCUACACAAAUCCUCAUCCGAAAGAGUUGUAUGUGUGCCAUCAAGACUCUGCGCCUCAAAAUUUGAUCGAAAUAGCUUUUCAGUUACAUUCGUAACCAUAUUAUACAAUAUUAUAUGUUCAUAUAGAAAACAUUGUCAUAUUUUGACAAUUUUUAUUUUGUGAAAAUUAGCUUCUAUGUAUACGCAACGUAAAUAUAUUAAUAUAUUAAU